UCUCCGUCUCCAAAUGUCCCUGAAGGAGCAGAGACCUCCUGAGAGGAGCGAGGGAGGACCGAGAGAAGACGGACCCGACAUUCUUCUUCUUCUUCGCUCCUUCGUGUCGUCGUCAUGCUGGACACGCUCACCUUCCUCCUGGAGAAGCUCUUCCUCCUCGCGCACAUCAAGCUGUCCAGCCUGCUGCCUCCUCUGCGCCGCCGAGAGCCGCCGCUCACCAGGCGCUGCGACCGGGACGAGGCUCCCGUGCAGCCCGCCGGAGCCCCGCACAAGUUCCGCCGGGGGGACCUGCUGGAGGUCCCGCGGACUCUCUUCACCCACUUCGGCAUCUACCUGGGUGACGACCGGGUGGCGCACCUCAUCCCGGACAUCCUCCCGGCGCUGACCGCCGACAGCCGGCAGAUCCAGGAGAUGGUGACCAACGCGCGGCUGCUGCUCGGGGUGCUCUCCAAGCGCGCCACCGUCCGCGUGGACUCCGUAGAGGACUUUGCGUACGGAGGUGGGAUCCUGCUCAACGCCAUGGACCGGGCGGUGCUCCGGAGCCCGCUGUCCGAGGAGGAGGUGGCCCUGCGGGCGGAGCGGCUGGUGGGCUCCGUGUCCUACAGCCUGCUGUGGAACAACUGCGAGCACUUCGUCACCUACUGCCGCUACGGCACCGCGCAGAGCCUGCAGACCGACAAGUUCUGUGAGUGGCUGAAGUCUCUGAUCCGGGAUCAGCGUAGCGUGGUCCUGACGGCGCUGCUGGGUCUCCUGUCCGUGGCGUGUUUGGGGAUGUCUUUCAGCACCGCCCUGCCGACCCUCCUCGUCCCCUUCACCCUGUGGAUGGCCAGCUAGGAGCUCCAGGAACCACGUUCAUGUUCACCCGUCCGUGUUUGAGCCGCCAUGUUGGAACACUGACAGACAGGAAGUAGUCGUCUGCAAAGAAGUUGACCGUCAAACUCUGUGCUAAUAACGUUAACGAGGACUCUCGUAGGUGCUGCAACCAGAAGUGAUGCAUUUUUUUUUACAUUUUCUUAACAGAAGAAGAACAGGGAAGUUAGCAUGAGCAACAUUAGCAAACAAUAAAAAAAGAUAUUUAAAUGGCCUGAAAGACUAAAACUGUUUGAUUGACAGAUGUUGUUUUGAGCGCUCAGCAACAAAGAGACCAAAGAUCAUUUAAGAGCUCAUCUGUUUUACUGAAGCUGAAGCUUUUAUUUUGAAAGUGUCAUUGAGGAAAUGUUUUAUUGUCUUCCAAUUUUAUAUUUUUCAACAUCUCAAUUCCUACUGAAGACGUAGAUAUUAUAAAUAUUUUAAAAUAGUAGCUUUGACAAAAUCAUAUUUUUAUUUGCGAAUAUAAUGAAGAACUUGUUCUUGUUUUUCAACCAGAGCUUAAUAGCAACAUGUCAUUUUCUGCCAGUUAGGAGUCUCUCAAUCCAAAGAGUUUUGGUGACGCGGUGAAGCAGCCGGGGAUCAUGGGAGUUGUAGUCUUCAUUGCGGUCAGCCUCUUCCAUUACAAGGUCUUAAAGGAGGUUACAAAUCUGUGUUUCUCCGAACGUUACAUUGAAAUAUUAAUUAAAAUAAUACGAUGUCUGGUUUGAAAAUUGUUGUUAAAAUUUGGGAUGAUGUAAGUACACACCUGAACAACAUACAUAAAUCUAGUUUUUGGACAUUUUAAUGUGGAAAAGGAGGAAAACUGGUUAUUUUUCCAGCUCGGCUAUAAAAUAUUUUUGAGUUUAACUUAAAGUCAGUUUACCAGAUUUCUAACUGCUUUUGUUGUUGUUUGUUGUACUACUUCCAAAUCAGGAACGAUCACAAAACACUUGUUACACAUUCACAGUGAAACUGUAACUCUGCGUCGGCCAUCUUGAUUGUAGUUCCACGAUGGCCAUCUUGACUGCAGUUCCACGUCGGCCAUCUUGACUGUAGUUCCACGUCAGCCCCUCUGCUGAAGCUCUUCUUGUAAAUAUCUGUACAUAUUCUUCACAACCUGAUUGUUUCUCUAACAGUCAAAAUGUUCUGAACAGAAUUUAUUUUUUACGACGCUGUAACACUUUAUAUGUGUUUAUGUAAAUAAAGUCGGUGGACUCUUUGGAUUCUUCAAGUUUCUGGUGAUUUCCUUUGGUCGACUGAAUUGAAUUCAUCAUCGGUGCAUAAAAGCAUCGGCAUGAAUAUUGUUAGAAUGUGGAGCUUGUUUUGAAUUUCUUCUUUUUUGUCUACUUUCAUAUUUUCUCUGGAAAUUAAACUAUUAAUUCUUCAAAACUUUUCCUUCGUUUUGAUGAAAUUAUGAGCUUGUUUGUGUUGAAAAGUGAAAAUCUAUUUUAAUUUAAAUGCUUCGUCUGAUCUACUCGUUCAGGACGUCCAGUGAUCUUUGACCUUUAUCUCCCUCUGCUGGCCGACUGGUGGAACUACAGCAACA